UGAAUUUGAAACUUUCAGAAGCCGUUUACACGAAACGUUCACCGCUGGGAGGCAUACCGAUUCCACCGAAAAAACUGGUUAAUCUGCGUGGAAUCCGCGAAGGUGUUCGUCGUUUUGCUUUUCUUCUGGAGACUUGUAGACCGGGAAGUUUUCCGGAUGCACCCUUAUUGGCCGCUUUAUUGGAUCUGAAGUCACCGAUUCUUGGCAGAGCAGCGCUGAUUUUGGAGUGUGCACAUUUUGUUCAUCGCUGCAAUAAAGGUGAUUGGCCAGAAUGGAUUCGCUCAAGUACAGCGCGUCAGCUGAGUCUUAUGGGCUGUGGUGGUGCAUUGGGGAAUCGUGGAACACCGAGUGCAACCAGACGUAUGCAUAUGAUGCAACGGGCUGCCGGACGAUGCUUCUAUCAUUGGGCGCAUCAGAUUGGAGAUCGUAUUUGUAAAUUAAUGGAGACAGAUGGUGUGAUGAACAGCAAUGAGAAAUCCGAUUCUUUCAACAAACGUACUGAUAUGAAGAAACGUCAGCUGAAACUUCAUGAUGAAUUAGAAGACUUCUUCGAUGAAGGAGUAGUGAAUGACGAUAGCGGUGAGGUGUGCCCUCAGGCACUACUUCUGUUGGCUUGUCUUCUCUUAAACGAGAUAACUGCAUUUCUUCGCGAAACAUUUCAGACAAUACCCCGUUCGAGAGUGAGUAGAACAGCGGCCGGUGCAACCGGAUGGGAGAGGUUGAUGUCACAUCGCCGGUGGUCAAUUCUAUCGAAUACGUUCAAUGCCCAGCAACAGCCAACUAUUACUGGCAGUGUCCAGAGUAUCACUGAUUUGAAUCUCGCUAUUCAUCGUACGCCUCCAAUUUAAGCUAGUGAACGACGUAUCAGUCUUUCGACAAAUGAGGAGGACUCUUCUCCACGUGGCUCGCACGAUACGAUUGAUGAGAUAGGCGUUCAUUCGGAUAAAAAAG